CAAAUGGGUGAAAUGGAUUCGGUUGGUGGUUAGCAAUAUGUCAAAGGAAGGAAUUGAGGGAAGAAUCACUACAGAUGCCGAAUUCGUCCGGCGAACGCCCAUCAGCCUGUGCGUCCGCUCCGUCCGCAGCUGUGCCGUUUGCGACAACCGGCGGCAGCCGGCGGCAAGCCCCACGCGCUCCUUCCGUUUGCGACAACCGGCGGCAAGCUCCACGCACUGCUGUGCCGUGCUCGUGCCAACGCGAGCUCGCUCUCCUCUUCUUUCCCUAGUGCUCGCCAUCGCAACCGCUGCACCCGAUGCCUGCUCGGCGGCGCCAUGUCCCAAGUGGGACGAGCUGUCCGCUCGUUUUGGGCGGACAGGCUCGUCCCGCAUCUUGCCGGAAUACUCCCAUGCGGAGUCGUCCCAUCCCAUCUGGACUCCCAACCAAACACCAGGAAAAACGGGAUCGACCCGUCCCGUCCCAGUUCGUCCCACGAACCAAACACAUCCUGAAUCAACCAACUAGGAAAACCAUGUGUCACUACAGAUUGAUUAAAGAUAAGAUGUGCUGAUUGAUGCAGAAAGCCCCUAAGCUGCCUACUGGAAGGACAAGACUAAACCAGAGCCUUUGAUAUAAAUUGAGCUAUUAGCUGUGCCGUUGCUAUCGAAAAUGAAAGAUAACUAGAACAUCAGAUACACUUUUUCAGUGGCUGUUCUAAAUUGUCACGAUAUGUGAACUAUUUUGGUUUACAGAAUUCAGACUCUAGCCAUAGUAAGGAAGAGUCACUGGGCAUCUUCCAUGGAGAGGUUGUGACAUUAGCAUCUACAUCGAACAAUCAAUUUCACUUGUAUCACUUUCAUUUAAUUAAUCACAAAAAAAGACCAGACAACAGAGAAAUAUUGACCUAUUCGUUCUUUAGUGUGGCUGACUCUUGGUAGAUGUUUGUCAUUAUCAUGAAAAUAAUGACUUUCAGAGACCUUCCUCUCCCUCCCUACUUUCCUCCCCUCUUUAUGUAUAUGAGAGUUCACAUUUCAUGAGCAUGCUAUUCCAAGCAGUAUACAAGAGAAGGAUAGGUUUAUUAUUCAGGUUCACUAACAUAUUGGGUCAAAGUUCUUCAUGAUCCAUCCAGGAAAUUCAUUUCUGGGGGUCUGUGAAUGAUGUAGAUAUUAUGUCUCACGGCCUUUCAAAUGGUAUUGGAAUGUCUUGCAUUCAAGCCGAUACAUAUAGGAGGAUAGAAGUUUUGAAUGAUGAUAUGGCUGGACUGAUAAGUAAGAUAAAUCGCUCCUCCAUUGGUCCUUUGCCUACUUGCUAUUCUUCAUCUAUGAAAGCACUUAUCAAAAGCAUGUUGAGGAAGAGUCCUGAACAUCGGCCUACUGCAUCCGAGAUUCUAAAAAGUCCAUACCUGCAACCUUAUGUUAAUCAAUAUCGUCCAUUUGCUGAUAUAUUACAUCCCGGUCGAUCACCAGAGAAACCUAUCACCAGUUCACGGAGCGGCCAGAGAAGUAUGUCUGGGAGUCAGUGCAGUAGCAUUUCUGGCAGUGAUAUGGACAGUAUACAAUCAAGUGAAAGAAAUACAUCAGGACCUGCUUCAAGUUCUAACAACACCAUUGAUACUGAAGGUGCUGAAAGUACUGAUCUUCAGAGCCAUAAAGAUACUGCUGGUCCUGAAAUGGAGAGACAAGACUCAUCUAAAUCCAUACAUAAUAAUCAGCUUCUUAGACACGAGAAUAAGCAACCAAAAAUCAUUAAGAAGGUACUAACAACUCUAAGAGAGGAGAGCAAGUUCAGGGAAAGCAGUUCACCAGUGAGAGCUAGCCGUGUAAAGCUAAAUUCACCCAGCAACAGGGAGCGCUCAUCUGACUCCUCAAAGCACAGUGAUAUUUCCUCCAGUUCAAGGUCUAGCGAAGUGAUGUCACAUGAAUCGGCAAGGGUAAGCUUUGAAGAACCUGUUGUCAAACGAGGACAAGCAUCUCCCCCCUUGAAACAUUUGUCACCAAUUGUUGAGCACUCACCGACAGUUAAAAAUAAAUUAGAUGAGCGGCUACAUCCAGACCCUGCCAAGCAGUUUGGGGAAGAUGUUGAUGCUGCUGCUGCAGGGAAGCCUAAGAACAAAACACCACCGAGUUUUAUUAGAUGCACAAGUAUUCCUGCUCGGAGGCAAGGAGUAGCGAGUCCAAGCCGUCAACACACUGGAAUAAAACGAGCUCACAAUAAGGUCGUCAUGGCAGAGCAUGCAAAAAGUCCUUGCCGACCUCCCCAUAUUCCAAACAGUGCUCUUGUGGAACUUCCAGGUUUUCCAAUGAUUCCUCCAAGUCAGCUGGAUGAUAUUCAGAGAAAACCAGGCAAUUCACGGGCGAAAUCUGCUCCGCCUAGGGCUGUAGCAACCCAAGAAGAAAGUACAGCUUGCUCCAGUUCGACAGUAGGUUAUCCUGAGAACACCAACCGAUCUGAACCAUCUGAAUCUGGCUCGCCAACCUACUUGGUACCAUCCUGCAAAUGUUCGAUCCCUGACACUACUAUACAAGCGCGUUCAGAGGUCAAAACAACCAAUUUUCAGAAGAAAAUGGCUAGUAAUGGUGAUAUUAGUCCAAUCUCAGCCAUGGAGCCAUCUUCUGAUGAACAAGAGUUUUUCUGCAAGGAUGACAUGCCCUCUAGCAAGGUGGGCCAGGAUAGUGGCACAGUUACUGUACAAAGUGAUGAAGACAAAUUCACAGUGCAGGAACUGCUUUCAUCAGUACCAGAAGUUGCUUCAUUUGUUCCAACGACAACAACAACAGGCAUUACUCCAGAUAGAGUAUCUUUUCCUCUCCAGUCUUCAGAGAAAUCACCAGCGCCCCAUUUAAAUCCUCCAGAUGAGGACGUUAUACAUGUCAUAAGCCAUAGCAGUUCCCAUGUCAAUGGUGAGCAGGCAUUAAGGGAAACGGGAGCGCAGAGCACUGACGUUGGAAAACUUCUUAACGUGGUAAGAGAAGAGAGAGAUGUAAGAAGCAUCCAGCCAAACCUGACACCUUCAGGACCUGUUGAUUCUGCUACACUGAAGCCGAGCAUUGUAGAAGCUAAUACUACCAUUCAGAAACCGGCCAGUGUGGAUGUGAUAAAAUUGUCCACCAUACCGGAAGGAAAUUUUAGUACACCAAUGACCAACAAUGGGUUUAAGGAGGAAGCAGCUCCAGCUAAGGAAACACUAGAUGUUACAUCCUUCAGGCAGCGAGCUGAGGCUCUUGAAGGCCUCUUAGAGCUUUCUGCGGAGCUUCUAGAACACAGCAGGCUGGAGGAGCUUGCGAUUGUUCUGAAGCCAUUUGGGAAGGCCAAGGUGUCCCCUCGAGAAACGGCAAUAUGGUUGGCUAAAAGUUUCAAAGGCAUGAUGAAUGAUGAAGCAAGCCGCAGUUCAGCGUGAAUACACAUAGACUUUGCCUUCUUUUUUUUCUUUCUCGGUUGCUUUCUCUGUGUGCUCUGAAUCAGCAAUGGCUGUCUUGUUCAUAUCCCUCUUCUUGACAUUGUGUGAGUCCCUCGUUUCUGUCUCGAUAGUUCGUUAUUCUUUACAGCACAUGUUGUAAAUAGCCAAACUUGUGAACAGAAAAAUAAGAUAUGCCAGAGAUAAUGUUAAAAUUUACACGAUCAAGUUAAUUGAAAGACUACUUUGAUGAA